AUUGGUUGGCUGCUCCUAUGGGGGGCGUGGCCCGUUUGGAGUUUGCGGUAGAAGAAGACGACUCGGACAGAAGAGAGGGGGAACGUGAGAAGGGAAAUGUCCUCGGUUCCAGACGGGAAGAAGCUGGUUCGCAGCCCCAGCGGCCUGCGAAUGGUUCCGGAAAACGGAGCCUUCAGCAGCCCCUUCUCCCUGGACGAGCCUCAGUGGGUUCCGGACAGAGAGUGUCCCAGAUGCAUGCAAUGUGACACCAAGUUUGACUUCAUCAGAAGAAAGCACCACUGCCGGCGCUGCGGCCGGUGCUUCUGCGACAAAUGCUGCAGCAAGAAGGUGGCGCUGCCCCGAAUGUGCUUCGUUGACCCGGUGAGGCAGUGUGCAGAGUGCGGCCUGCUCUCGCAGAAAGAGGCGGAGUUCUACGACAAGCAGCUCAAAGUGCUUCUGGGAGGAGGCACCUUCGUUGUCACGUUGGGAACAACAGACAAGUGUGAAACGAUGACAUGCCGCCUCUCCAACAACCACAGGUAUUUGUUUCUUGACGGGGAAAGUCACUUUGAGGUUGAGCUGUCCCGGAUCUCAAGCAUGCAGAUACUGACAGACGGGACAAGUCCAGGAGAGGAAGACAUCCACACUUACACCAGUCUGCUGGACAGUCACUGUAUCUUUGAAGGAGGGACGUCACGGGCUAGCGGGAUGCUCCUCCAUUACAAACCGAUGGGCUCCCAGGAUGCACAGCAGCUACAGAUGGAGGCUGCGGAGGACAAGAAGGUGGCAGCAUUGUGGCUCGCUGCAAUGCACAAGGCGGCCAAACUGCUGCAUGACGCCCGGGACCAGUGACGGCCAGGACUGACCGUGGAAGAGGCGCACACCCAAGUGUUUUACAGCCCAUCCAGAUUCAGAUCGGGUUUGUUUUCAUCCAGACUCUAACAUCAGUACAGAUUUGAUUUAUCCAUCUGAUUUCUCAUCGGUUCUUUAUGCCAGCUCUCGUCAGUAAUUUUUGCAAGAAAUAUUUCUAAAAAAAUAAAAAACACUUAUUGUAUAACCAGUACUCUGUACAUGUGAAGGUUUAUUGUAUAUUUUCUCACUUUUCAGGCUCCCGUUUGGUUUAAUUCACUAAAUGGGGCAUGCAGUAUAGAUGUUGUUACAAAGUUGCUUUAAUAAUAAUUCCUCAGUUUUGUUAACAAAACUAUAAAAUCGUUAGUCUUCAUUUCGUCAUUCAUUACACAGAGAGAUUAAAUCCUGCCGUGUGUUAUUAGUGGCACAGGAGUUUUCAUUUCUAGUUAGCACAACCAAGUAGUACCUGCUGCAGCUCUUCCAGUUCCAGGCUUAUUAUAAGCACAUUAAAGGACAGAAGCAACCAACGUGUUACACAGGUUGAGAAGCAGAUAUUUCAAAAUCUUCUUUGCAUCAGGAAGCUGUUGUUGUUGGCUGGAAAACUGCAAGAAAGUCUGGCCUGGAUCUUCUGUUUUAUUUAGAGUUAUUAGUUUUAUUCAAGUUAUUGAAUCUAUUUGUAAAAUCCACCACCCUUUGACGUGGUUGUGCUUGAGCUUUUCUCUAAGAUGCCAUUUUCUCUCUCUUAAAUUAGAGUCUUAGAUCAGAAUUUGUUUUUUGUGGUUUCCAAUCUAAAAAAAAACAAUUUUCGGUCCCAAAGAUCUAGGUCCGAUCUGUGUUUCAUCCUUGCUGCUGAGAGCUCUCAUUAUUUAUCCAGAUGAGAAGCAAAGGCAAUAGCUUCCUGUUUUUAACAUCUCACUGAUACUGAAAACGAUUAAUUUUGAGUCUUCACUCAGUUAACGGCUUCCACACCAAAGACUGUUGUACUGCGAUCCAGUGGCCUGUUGUGUUUGAUUAGGAGGGGGGGUCAGAUUGAGGUUUUGACUGGCCUAUCACCAGUCAGGGCUGACCAUCUGACCCUGGUGACCAACUGAUUUUUGUAUUUUUUUUUUUUUUAUAUAGGAUUUUUUUGGUGUGCAUCUGUAUUUUAGAUGUGCAACUCUAAGAGAACUGAUCUGGCUAACUACAGUAAAAAUGCACACUUAGGAGGUGAGGGAGAAAAGUCUCCUGCAUAAGGCCAAAGCCAGAAGAGACAACAGCUCCUGAAAUGCAAAGAGCAUCACACCCUUUGGUCUGGUUUCUGAUAGUAGCACCAUGCUACUUGGUGUUUUUGCUUUUUGUUUUAUUGAGGGACUAACUUUCACUCCUUCCUUCAUCUGCAUCAAGGGAUCUUUUGACUAUUCACUGACCAAAGUGAUGUAUGAACACACGGAGAAAUCCUUUAAAUAUAGUUUCAAGUACCCAAGUAAAAGUUUUCUAUGAGCUAUUUUGUUACCUAUUCCUGCUUUAGAUGACAUGCCUGACUGAUCUAAUGUCCUUUUUAAACCAACUAUAAUGAAGGUUUUUGUAUUGCUGGGAGCGAGUUAUUCCUUUUGUAGACACUUUAUAGAUAUGAAUUGUUCACCUCAGUGUGAAACCAUCCAUGUUUGGUGGUCAUGUGGAGUAUUUGAACAGAGACAACACACUACAGUAACCCAGAUGACCUGCAAGCAGACCCACCAUGACUCAGCACUAUUACAUUUGAGAGCAAAAGCUCACUGUUACUAUAAAAAAUAAACUUGAAAGGUUGUUUUUUUUUUUUUAUUAGAAGGCAAGUCAUGUUUUUAGCUGUUUGGCUUUAAAUUCAUUUUUUGAAUAUGAUUAUUAUGUAAGGAACAAGUGAAGAAUGUCAAAGAAUUGAAUCUCUAAACUAAAGAGACUGGAGAAAAUAAUCUUAUGUAGCACUUUCUUGAAAAAAAAAAAGAUGAUUUAUCAAAUACUUUUGCUUUAUUUGUUUCUAUAUUGUGAAAAAAAUAAAGUUGAGGCAGGGGGUAAAGUUGAUCCACCAAAAUGAUGCCCCUGUUCCACCUCAGAAAACCAGCUAGCCGUCACCUCUUGGUGCCUGUUCAGCUGAAAUACUGGUCAGUAAUUGAUCCCUCAGUUCAAUUGUUCAUAGUGCAUACUUUAUAACCGCACAAUAACAAUUUGGAUGCUGAACUUUGUUACUGUAAUGUUGUUGACUCCUCACAAAUUCUCAAAUGUGCAUAUUUUUUUAUUUCUCUGCAUGAACAAUAUAUAUAUAUAUUUUAUAAUAGCACAAAGUUGGCCAGCAACAUUUGCUGGGUUCUGCCUACAUGUUCUGUUCAAUAAAAACACCUUUCACCAGCUUCCUUCUACGCUUUGAUGUUUGUUUGUUUUUUCCUGCUCCCCUGAGUGAUAAAAUUAGUAAUAUUUAAUUUAAAAUGUAUUUUCCUGUUUUAAAGUCUUCCUGUCAGUUCACAGGCAUGUAAAGGUUUUGAGGUAAGAAGAGAACCUGCACAGAUAUCCCUUGGUUAUUUUCUGAACUGAUAAGCAGCCAUCUCUCUACCAGAAGAAACAGAUAUAUGAAUAAGAACAAAACUUCACCUCAACUAAAGGUUUCUAAGGAAGUGGUGGACUGUGCAGCCCUUUGUUUUAAUUCAUUAUGAUUGUUUAAAUGUGUUAAGCAGCACCAAAUGUAAAAUGUAAACAUGUGCAAUCUGUUCUGCUCUGAGUCCACUUCUCAGUCCUUCCUUCUCGGUUAUGUUUCUAACAAUGCCCCAUCUUGUUGGACUUUCUGUUAAUAAAUCAAGUGUUUAUAACUAUG